GUGUGACUUGAAUGAUGACAUCUGUUUUGACAGAAUCAAAACAAAACACAACAUCGUGACACUUUUACGUUCACUUUUAAGUCAAACACACCGAAUCAUGUCCACAGCCGUUACUCCCAUUGAAAGAGCAAUAUCGACAACAAAUCUCUUACCGGAUGUUGUGGAAAAUCACCUUCUGCCCUCCGGAAGAUUGUUGGAAGCUUCCCUUCAGUCUCUGCUGCAACAAGCACAACAGCACCAAACGAAUUGUCUUAUUGCCAAAACGAUUGCUACCACAAUCGGUGCUGUAGGAAGUAUUGUGACUUGUGUGGGCAUUUCUCUAUCGUCAGCCACUAUGGGACUGUCGGUUACCUUUUCAACCCCAUUAGCAUUUAGUCUAACGGGUCUGGCAGCUAUGAUUGGUAUAGGAACUGUGGUUGUUGAUGAAUUCGUUCUGAGACGUCGAAGCAUGGAUCAAUUGCAGAAAAUUGUCACAGAGUACGAAGAAACAAAACAGAAUUGGAUAGAACGAUUGAACUUUGACAGGUUGGAUUUAUGCAUGAAAGAGGCUGAUCUAGUCACCUUCUACAGUUCACCCGAAUUCCGAUCAUCAAUUCUAGAAAGUGUGCUGUUCUCUCUGAAAUCAAGGUUUGUCAAUGCCAAAUAUUCGGUGAACGAGAUAAGGGAAGGUGAUCACAUUGUAACACAUCAGAGACGUCAUCAGAAGAGUUACAGCCGUUCACAUGGAAUUUACAUCGGCAAAAAUUCGGCUGGCGUUAAACUGGUCGCGGAUUUUGGAUCACAUCUACCCAUUUUGCGACCAAUAAACGAAUUUUGCGCAGAGAACAGCCCCAUACGGAACAUUAUCGUUCCGGCGCAGAAACAAAUGAAACCCAUUGAACUGUUGAACCAAUCGACAAGUCAACUCAAUCGUCUGGUGAACAAAAUCGCCGACCUGUCCAAACCCAUACAGACGGGGUUCGAUACAAUUGUCGCCACGAUUCACGGUGCAAAUUUUCUGUUCAAAGUCAAAUUCGACAAAAUGUUCAAAGAUGUGCUGAAAGUGGUCCGGGCUAGAGAUGCUGGCGGUAAUAUCAAAUGGCGCACAUUGGAACAAAUUGUGCCGAAACGGGCUGUUAAAGAGAUUGGUCUACUGUCGAAAACGUUAGUGCUGAUCACGCCGGUCAUGACAGCCGUGGAUGUGUAUCAACUAUGCAAAGAAUGCCAGGAACAAGACCUACAGCCCCACAUCAGAGACAUACUAGCCGAAUUAAAUGUCGUCGUGAACGAUGUCAAUACGUUCGAGAAUAUUUUGCAUCUUCUUGGCAGAAUGGUCUGAUGGGAAAGACUGGAUUAUUUUAGUAGUUACUGACUCGUAGAUCAGAGAUGUAUAUGACGUGUUAAUCGAUGCAAUAAAAGUUGUUGAAA